AUGCAAGCUCCCGCCAUUUUCGACGACGCUACCCGGCUGCCUCCCAAACCCUCCGUCUUCAAAGCGUUCCUCUCUUCCUCCAAAGCCCAUCGCAGAAACCUUUCCACCGACGAUGCCAUCUCCUCCAAGGCAUCCCAUAAAAGUCAGCCUUCAGAAAGCUCUUCCAUAUCUCCCAUCGACCAAGCCUACGCUACUCUGAAUCAACAGCCUCUGGCCGAGAUCGCCCCCAAUCGCGAUGGUCCAUAUCCUGCCCCCACCCAGCAGAAGAAAGGAGGCUUACACAAAAAGACCAAAAGUGCAGUCUCCCUCAAGUCGCUGAGGAACUACAUGGAACGGAAAGAGCAAAAACCAGAAGAACCCGCCCAGGAGUCCGCCGACAUGAAGCCGAAGAAGGCCAAGUCAGCCAACAGUCUCUCGGCCAUUCUGAAACGCUCUCAACGAGGACGGAAGGGUGAUGGCUCAAAGGAUGGCCGUGAUAAGGAAAACCGCAGUCCGACCGACCUCGUCGAUAGCAUGCCUUCCCCUCUCUGGGGUCCCUACACACCAGAACCUUUCAGCGAUCAACAAGCCAUGCCAUACUCUCACAACAGGCGCAGGACCCUGCAAGAAGAAGUGUCCCUCUAUACUCCCAAGGGGUAUGGUCCGGACCAACAACGUAAUUUCUGUGACUACCAGCAGCCUUCCCUCACAAACCGAGCUGCGGCCAAGCCACGCCCGAAGUCCAAUAUCUUCUCAGGGAAUCGCAAAGUAAAGGACUUCUUUGGUCCCCUGCAGAAUAUUUCCCUAGAGAGGUUGUCGAUUGUGGAUCAACCUGAUACCUCCUCGUCGAAGACGCGAGGACGACCUCGAGGCCUGUCGAAGCCCGAACCCUGCCCACAGCCUGAGCAGAGGCAGGAAGAAAGCCCUAAGAGGGUCUCCCGCGUCCAAGCGGCCAUUUCGGCAUUCAACGCAAAAGAAAGGGAAGCCGAGUUGCAGAAGAAACUAAACUCAAAAGAUCUCGAGAGCGAGUUCGAAAAGCUUCUGGACGCGAGGAACAUCCCUCAUAACAUGAGAGAUAAGAUGCGAUCACUAGACACGAACAUCAAGGCUGAUUUUAUUCAAAAAGAUCGAGCAGAGAGUACUCCACUCAGUGCCGGACCAAACACCACCACGUUUGCCAACGAUAGCACGGGCCGACGUGGACGCCGCAAAGACCAAAAGGAUGAGCAGCAGAGUCAGGAUGGGAAAGGCUCGCGGUCCCGGUCCAGGAGUCGGGGUUUUACGUUUUCCAAGCGCACCUCCUCUCCCACAAAAAAGCAGCGGCCUGAGAUCGGGAUAUCAUAUCGGCGUCCCAAAUCUGCUGAUCUCUCCCAACCGGCAGGACUUUCUAAGAUACUGACCCCGGCGACAUCUACGACAUCUCUAUCUGCGACAGCGUGCCGUGAUACCGCCGCGGAUCCUUCGGAUUUCGUUCAUUACCUGAGAGAGAUUCAAAAGCCGGAGAUGAUCGAGAUAGGCAAGAUGCAUAAGCUUCGGAUCCUCCUGCGAAACGAGACCGUCAGCUGGGUUGACACUUUCAUCGCGGACGGAGGAAUGGAUGAGAUCGUACAGUUAAUCUACAGGAUCAUGAAGGUUGAAUGGAGGGAAGAACAUGAGGACAAUCUGCUCCACGAGACCUUGCUGUGUUUGAAAGCACUCUGCACGACUUCCAAGGCGUUACAGGGCCUCACCGCUAUCGAAUCCGAACUCUUCCCGGCGUUGCUUAAGAUGCUGUUUGACGAGGAAAAGAAAGGGCCGAGCGAGUUUACUACGCGCGGUAUCAUCAUCAACCUGAUUUUCACCCAACUUUCCUUUGCAACUUCCGACAGGGAUGCAGCGUCGCGUGCUGCUCGCAUCCUUUCCUACCUGCGGGACCCUUCGCCACCAGUGGAGAACCAGCCGUUGUCAUUCAUUGCCAAUAUUUACCAGUCGCGGCCCUAUCGAGUUUGGUGCAAAGAAGUUACGAACGUGACGAAAGAAGUCUUCUGGAUCUUCCUGCAUCACUUGAACGUGAUACCGAUCGUGAAGAAUGAAACGUCUACUUCGGACUCCUUCCGGGCCCGCCAUUUCCCAGCUCCCCGGCCUCCAGUUCCAGCUGCGCCGUAUGUCGGUGGGGUCGAAUGGGAUGCCACCAAUUAUCUCGCCGCUCAUUUGGAUCUCGUGAAUGGGCUCAUUGCGUCCCUUCCGUCGGCCGAAGAGCGGAACCAGCUGAGGACAGAGCUCAGAGCUUCCGGGUUCGAGAAGGUUAUGGGCGGCAGCUUGAGAACCUGCAAGGAGAAGUUCUACGGCUCGGUCCAUGAUUGUCUGCGCACCUGGGUGGCUGCCGCUGCGGAAGACGGGUGGCCCUACCUGGCAGUGCGUGAAGGCCCACCGCGUCCGGAGCCUAAGUCGCCCACCAAGUCCCCCAUCAAAGGCGGUAGUCCGAAGAAGGGCCUUCUUGAUGAAAAGCCUCCCAGACUGGAGCUUGCGCUGGACCCUCCUGCUAACCGAGUGUCUCGGACGGAAGAAGUUGGCAAUUGGCUGUAG